AUGAAGAUGAGAUUAUCCGUCAGCGGGCAUCCUGAUGAAGAGGAGGAUGAUGAUGAUGUGAUGCUGGUGGCUGUUACCAGCUGGCGGAUCUCGGAGGCGGCAUCUGCUGCGGAAACACGCUGGUGUGCCUCCCCACCGGCCUCAGUGGAAAGACCUUCAUCGCCUCCGUGCUCAUGUCUAAACUUCUACCGCUGGUUUUUCCCCGCCGGCAAAGAUCUGUCUUCAUGGCUCCCACCAAACCAACUGGUGGCCCAGCAGAUCCAGGCCUGCAACGGGGUCAUGGGCAUCCCGCAGGAACACAUGGCUGAGCUCACAGGUCACUGCACGCACGGGUCAAGGGACCUCAGAGGGGGCAUUCCGGCCGCACACGUCAGGUGUGUAGUGAUCGACGAGGCCCACAAGGCCACCGGGAACCACGCGUACUGUCAGGUGAUUCGUGAGCUGAGCAACCAAACAAAGCAGUUCCGCGUUCUAGCGCUCAGCGCCACACCUGGAGGAGACGUCAAGGCGGUGCAGCAGGUGAUCUCUAACCUCCUGAUCUCUCACAUCGAGCUGCGAUCGGAGGACAGUCCAGACGUCCAGACACACGUCCAUCAGCGCAGUCUGGAGAAGAUCGUGGUCCCGCCGGGAGAGACGCUCGCGCAGUAUCAGACGCGAUACCUGCAGGUUUUGGAGAAGUUCACGUCGCGUCUGACCCAGAUGAGGCUGUUGAAUCAGCGUGACCUCCGCUCCCUCACCAAAUACCAGAUCAUUCUGUCACGAGAACAGUUCAGACGCAACCCGCCGCCACACAUCCAGGGGCCGCAGCAGGGCGUGAUCGAGGGGGAUUUCUCCAUCUGCAUCAGUCUGUAUCACGGCUAUGAGUUACUGCAGCAGAUGGGCCUCAGAUCUCUCUUCCUCUUCAUUCAGAACAUCUUCUCUGGACCCAGAGAGUCCGCUCGCGUGAGGAACGAGCUCCAGAGGAGUCCGGUCUUCAUGGAUCUCUACAGGGAAAUGGAGAGCAUGUUCACCACAGCCAGCCGAGAUCCUGGAGAGGUGUGUGUGUACAGUCACCCCAAACUACAGAAGCUGGACGAGGUCGUGCUGCAGCACUUUCAGACGUGGGCCAAGAGCUCAGCUACAAAUUCGAAGCCGUCCACUGAGGUGAGCACACGUGUGAUGAUCUUCUCGUCCUUCCGCGAGAGCGUGCAGGAGAUUGCUGAGAUGUUGAGCCGCCAUCAGCCGCUGGUGAGGGUCAUGACCUUCAUGGGUCAAGCGUCGGCCGGGAAAGGGGUUCGAGGAUUCACGCAGAAAGAACAGCUGGAGGUGGUGCGUCGGUUCCGUGAAGGAGGCUUCAACACUCUGGUGUCCACCUGUGUGGGUGAGGAGGGUCUGGACAUCGGUGAGGUGGAUCUCAUCGUGUGUUUCGACGCUCAGAAGAGUCCGAUCCGUCUGGUCCAGCGCAUGGGCCGCACAGGACGCCGGCGUCAGGGACGAAUCGUGGUCAUUCUGGCCGAGGGACGCGAGGAACGAACGUACAACCAGAGCCAGAGCAACCGGCGCAGCAUCAACAAGAGCAUCAUGGGAAACAAGGACAGUUUCCAGAUGUUUGCUCACAGUCCGCGCAUGCUGCCCGCGGGGGUCACGCCGACGCUGCACAAGAUGCACAUCAGCUGCGGUCAGUUCGAGCACAGACCGGUGAAGGGCCGCCGCUCGGCGCUCGCGCUGCAGAUCAACGGAGGAGAGCAGAAGUGUGUGAAGGACGACGGGUUUCUGACCGCAGCUGAAGAGGCCGAGUGGAUGUCCAGCAUGAGACUGUCUUCAGACGAACCUCAGCCGGUCUUCACACCGUCCACACUGCUGACCUUCAGAGACGAGCACGAACAAUCCACACAGGUCGGUGUGUGUCGGGGCCAGAGCGUGGGACACUCAGAGCGGUGCCUUCAUUUCACCUCCAUCAUGGAGCUGAUCGACCGGAUGAGACAGCAGGACGACUGUAGUUUAGAGUCUGAGCUCAUGCUGCCUCUGCAGAAAGACGAUGUUGAUGGUGGAGGAACAACAAAACCAAACGCUGACAAAAUCACUCGACAGAAGAAGACUAAACCAAACACGGCUGAUCGUGAGAGGAGACUCACACACACUGACCACUGCUUAGAUGAAGAUCAGAGCGGAGAGAACUACAGCAGAUCUGUGACGUCUGCAGAGAACACAGAAGAGCGUAUUAAUCAGAGCCCCGGGAACGAGGUGGAUCUGAUCGAUCUGUUAGAAGAGCAGGACGAGAGCGUGGAUCUUCAGCACAUGUUCUAUCAGCCUGAACUCUGUCCUGAACGCUGCCGUCACAAUCUGACCACCGUAGAUUUUAUGAACUGUGAGUUCAGUCUCCCAGAGAUCAACGCAAACCUCAGUGAUCCACCAAAAGAGUCGUUUCAUGAUCAGUUUCAAGUGACGUUCAGCCUGAUGGCGGACGAGCCGUCGUUUAUUGAAGAGGAGCAGGAUGUGGAUCAGAAAUCAGCAGCAGGUGCUGUUUCUCCAGGCUGGGACCAGCUGUUCGACCACGCAGAAGAGACAAAGGAAGACCAAGUGAGCUUGAACGAGAGCGUCGACCUGUUCGGAGACGACGAAGCGUUCCUUCAGAUGAGCGUUCCUGACGUCCAGACGCCUGACACGAGCACAGGACCUGAAGGAAAGCAGCAGACUCCUGCUGACGGAAGCAGAGGAUCCGAGCGGGGCUUCAGCUGCUCACAGGACUUCUUCUCUGUGAACUUUGAGCUGGGCUUUGACUCUGAGGAGGAGGAAGCGGCUGAUCCGGGAUCAGUAGAUGUAACCGCAUCAGCUGUGAAAGCGCCUCCGGUGCUCGUGAGAGCGGAGCGAUCGCCGCUGGUCUCAGAUCAGUGGAGGACGAAACCCAGCGCUUCCACACCAAACCACAGCAUCCUGCCUCCACUGAGCCGAAGAGCAGAAGAUCAGCUGCGCUCGCGUCCCUCACAGCUCAGGUCCUCACAGAAGACGCCUCAGCAGCGGCCCUCACGCACAGGCGUGUUGAGCAGUGACAGCGAGGAUGAGACCAAUCUGAGGACUCAUAAAGUCAAUCCGGUGUUUUCUCCAGAGCACUCAAAGAUCUGCAGUGACGUUGAUUCUCCAGUUCAAGCUCGUCGGAAACGUGCGGCUGCAUUAAACACGUCCGAGGACAGUGAUGGAGGUCUGCUGUCAGAUGAUGAUUUUCAGGACGUCUCCCUUCAUCAGCCCGGAGCGGUUCAGAAAGCUCUUCACGCCAGGAAGCCUCCUAAGGUGCGUCGCGAGGGCCGGCAGUUUCUGGAUGAGGAGGCCGAGCUCUCUGAAGAUGAAGAUGUUUCCUCAGAUGAAGAUGAAGGAGAUGAACAGAACCACUCGCUGCAGGGGUUUGUGGUGAACACGACUCAGUGCUCUCAGGGUCUGAACGACUCUGAGAUGCAGGCGUUCUAUCUGAAGUCUGUGAGGAGUCCAGCGGUGCAGAACCAGCUCCGAAUGACGUGCAAACCCAAACAUAACAUGGAGAUCUUCUCACAGAUCCCAGAACAGGACGAGACGUACGGCGAGGACAGCUUUGUGGUUCAUGGGAGUGAGGAUGAGGAGGGUGAGAGUGACGGCGAUGAAGAGCCUGUGCAGGUGAUCCAUGAAGACUCGUACGUCGACGGGAGGAAACAGUACGCCACGCGCCGCAGAGUCCAGAUCCGACAGAUCCGAGUGGAGAGCGGAGGAGUCCGGUCAGAGAGGAACGGGAAGAGCAAGCGCUCGCGGAUCAUCCGCGUCCAGGACUCCAGUGAGGAGGAGGAGGAGGAGGAAGAGCAGACAGGCUCCGUGUUUAAAGAGCCGCAGCGUCUCCAGAGCAGCUCCAGACCGACGGAGCGAGACGACAGGAAGCGGCAGAGACUCAGUGAUCAGGCGGCGCUCUCAGAGGAGCUCGACUUCCUCCCGGAGAAACCGGGGACUGCAGUGACUGCGCAGACGCUGAUCCCGCCGGCCGCAGACGCUCCUCUGAGAGUGCUGGUGGACAGCUGCUGCAUCAGCGGGGGGUCAGAGGUCGUGUCCCGUCUGCGUCUGCGACACGGCCUGCAGGUGCACGUCUGCUCUCUGAUCAGGUCAGACUUCAUCGUGAGCGACCGCAUGGCGGUGGAGCGGCAGAGCGAGUCCGAGCUCGCCAGCGUCCAGAACCGCAGACGGCUGCAGGACAGAAUGCAGCGGCUGCAGGCGGCGUUCGAGCGCGUGUGUCUGAUCCUCGAGAGGGACCGCAGCAAACCCGGUGAGACGGUGCGAGUGUUUCAGCGCAGCCGCUGUUACGACGGGACGCUGGUGGCGCUGGUGAAGGCUGGCGUGCGGCUGCUGGUCAGCAACGGUCCAGACGACACCGCCGCUCUACUGACCGAACUCACACAGGUGGAGCGGAGGAAAGGUCAGGCCAUCGGCGUGCCUCUAGAGGUCAAAGGUCACCGGCAGCAGGCUCUCCAGUUCUACCUGACGCUGCCUCACAUGAGCUACAUCAGCGCACUGAACAUGUGCCAUCACUUCAGCUCCAUCAGUCACAUGAUCAACAGUUCGGUGGAGGAGCUGCAGGCGUCUGCACACAUGAGCCGCUCCAGAGCCGAGGACGUUUACCGCUGUCUGCGCUACAGCUGCGACUCAGCUCUCAUGACUAACCAGCCCUAACUUAUACUCAGCACUUUAAUGCAUUAUGAACUAUGGAUUUAUUUUUACGAAUAAUCAGGAUUAUAUCGUCCCUUUAUGUGACGUAAAUGUUUUCCGUUUAGGAAAGUUCUGCACAUCAGAUUAUGAAUGUUGCCGUUACGGUAAUUCUGAAGUAUUUAUGUUUACAGGUAAUAGAGACUGUGUGUGAGCAGGAACUACUCUGAAAAAUAAAAGAGCUUCAUCUUUUAAUCGCUGGUCUCUGUUCUCCUUCAGUGUGUUUGAGAUCAUCAGGUUCGUUGUGGUUUUGAGCCUCUAGAGGCCGCUCUUCUCCACUGAACCGUCAUCACAUUCAUUCAUCAGUGUUUGUGAGUUCAUUCAGACAGUUAACCCAGACACAUAUUACUGAAUGUGUUUCCAUAUUUAUUGAAUGUUGAAGGGAAGUAGGUGUGUGACUGUUGGUCUUUGUGUAACGCUGUUCCCUUGAGCUUCAUGAAUCAAAAACAGUGAUGAUCAGUCAUCAAUAAUCUGCCUCUGAAAUCACUCAUAGUAUUUACAUUCAUAAAAAUACCGGAGAACAACAAAUGAUGCAAAUAUAUCGUAUAAACAGGAAUAUGUCAAUUACAGGCAUGUCAGCUAGUCACAUGUUUAAGGUGCAUGUAAAGAUUAAAUAACAAUCACAAAAUGACUCUGUGUAUGUAAACAUGGGAACAUGUGACUGUUUCAUCUGCAGCUCCUGCGGUCUGAGAGUCCCUGCAUUCAUGUUUCACUGAUCAGGAUUAAAAUCAUGGUCAACUUUUUAUGCUAUCUUUGCUUUUAAGGUUUACUCUUGUGUUUAAAUGGGAAGUCUCAAACUUUGUACCUGUGUUUAGAAAACGCACAAGAUUAACAUGCACUUUCAGAAGAAAUGUGCAAAAAUUGUACUUAUAGGAUUGCAACAGCUUAUCACUGUAACAGUGUCUUUUUUUUUUACCUCUUAAAAGUGCAUGGUAGUACUUUAAGAACACAUAUUGCUAUUUAAAGGUACUAAUAUUUACAUUUAUGCAUUUGGCAGACACUUUUAUCUAAAGCGACUUGCAUUGCAUUCAAAGUACACGUUUACAUUUCAUCAGCUCUGGCUUUUCCUGAGAACCGAAGCCAUGAACUUAAAGCUUUAUGACCGCAAUAAUAUUCACCUUUUAGGUGUAAAUAAGGCACAGAUUUGUCCCCUGAACAGUUCUGUCCCAGUCACACGCUGUUGCAUCGUUAUAGGUACGAUUUUGCACAUUAUUUCUGACAGUGUGGGAACAGUUCUCUUAUACGUGAUCAUUCUAAAACACUUAACGUG